ACCGUGUUGUGUUAGCAGGAAUGAAGUCAGGCAUUUUUUGGAGUUAUCGCACGUGUUUUUUCUCCUCAAUAUUCCUUUUAUUAUCACAAUCUAUAGCUGUCUACAGAAACAAAAGCAGUGUUUGGGAAUAUUUGAUAGCUUCAGGGAUAACAGGAAUGAUACUGAAGGUGAACUUGGGACUGAAAGGAAUAAUUAGUGGUGGUAUAUUUGGUUCACUCAUGGGUUUGUGUGGUGGUUCUAUUAUCUAUGGUUUUAUGGUAUUAACCAAUGAAACUCAAGAUCAACGACAUUACUGGGAAAUACAAAAGUAUUUGGAAGAGAAAAAACAGCAAAAAGCAACGAAUGCCUGAAUUCAUUUGAAAUUAGUAAUAAAUAUGUUGUAAUAUUUUUUUAAAA